GAAGUGACGGACAAUGGACUCAAUGCCACUCAACGCCACACUGUCUUCGACGCCACCGACCGAUCAGUUGGCCAUCGAUUCGGCCCUCAAUGCACUCAAUAUAGACGACAACAACACUGACCACAACAACAACAACGACAACACCGCCGAUGACUGUCAUCGGGAAGAGUGCGGCCGCGAGUCAGCCGUCGACGAGUGCGACGACCGGCACAAGAAGGAGGACUCGGAUGACGAGGACGUGAGCUGUGAUGGCGUGAGUUGUGGUGAGACUGAGGCCACAAUGGCGUCGACCAUCACUGCGGCCGCAAUGGACGGCCCAAUAGAGGGCCCAAUGGACGGCCCGGCGGACGGACCCGUCAAUCAUCGACUCGUACGCCAACCGGCGGUCAAUAGUCGCCAUCCGUUGACAUACAGAUGGCAGCUGUGGUUCUGGAGAGCGGAUCCGGGCGUGAAAGUGGUGUGGCGUCAGGCCUUACAGCGGGUCUGCGAACCGCUCAACACUAUCGAAGACUUUUGGUCGUUAUAUCAUCACAUCGUUUGUGUCCAACAAUUAGUAGCGCCGAGCGAUUACUGUCUGUUCAAAGCGGGAGUGGAGCCGAUGUGGGAGGACUGCCAUAACAUCAAUGGCGGCAAAUGGAGUCUCGAGUUCCCGAAGGGACCCAAUCGCCAAAUGGACGCCCGUCUCGACGACAUAUGGCUGGAAGUGUUGCUGUGUUUGAUUGGCGAGGGAUUCAAUGAGUUCGGCGAAGAGAUCUGCGGCGCUGUCGUCAACGUGAGGGCCAAAGAGGACCGCAUCUCUGUCUGGACGGCCAACUCAUCCAAAUCGGUGGCCAACCUUCGGAUCGGAGAGAUACUGAAAGUGAGGACCGGUUACUCGCGGGCCAUGAAAUACGAGGCACACGAGACCUCUCAACGCAUUGCACUACAGAAGGAGCGCCUCUACGACAGCAAACCCGCCGCCAACCAGAGGGUCCCCCAAACCCGGCGCUCAUGUGUUUUCUAAUAGCCAUACCAUUUGUGACCACCUUUUUAUGGCAUCUGUUCUCUCGCCUCCCGUUUCCCCAACUCUUUGUAAAUC